GGUGCUCGGCGGCGCCGCGCAGGGUGGGCUCGCGCUGGGCUCCGCGCGCCCCCCGCCCCCUCUAUGAGGCAGAGGCCGCAGCGGCCGUUAGCACUGUCGUUCCGGGGGCCGCGGCGGGCGGGGCUCCGGAGGGGCCCGGCCUAGUCCCCACCCCAGCCCGGCUCCCAGCCGCCCGCCCUCCCUCCCUCUCCCCGAUGCAGGGGGCCGAGCUCCGGGAUGGUGAGGCGGCGGCGGCGGCCGCUUCGUACCGCGUCCUGAGCCGCCUGCUCGGCUAUGGAGAGGCGGCCCCCGAGCCAGGCCCGCCGCCGCCGCCUCCGGGCCAUGGCCCCGCGCCGCCACCCUUCCUCGCGCGGCCGGGCCCGCGGGGCUCCCGGCCGCCUCAGCUGAUGGUGUUCCGCAACGUGGGUCGGCCGCCGGAGGAGGAGGACGCGGAGGCGGCCCGGGAGCCGGGACCCUCGGAACUGCUGUGUCCUCGGCACCGCUGUGCCCUGGACCCCAAGGCCCUGCCGCCGGGGUUGGCGCUCGAGCGGACCUGGGGCCCGGCGGCUGGACUAGAGGCGCAGUUGGCGGCUCUGGGGCUCGGGCAGCCUGCGGGGCCCGGGGUCAAGACGGUCGGCGGGGGUUGCUGCCCGUGCCCGUGCCCCCCGCAGCCGCCCCCUCCGCAGCCCCAGCCGCCUGCUGCCGCCCCGCAGGCCGGGGAGGACCCCACGGAAACGAGCGACGCGCUGCUGGUCCUGGAAGGCUUGGAGUCGGAGGCCGAGAGCCUGGAGACUAACAGCUGCUCGGAAGAGGAGCUCAGCAGCCCGGGCCGCGGAGGAGGAGGGGGCGGCCGGCUUCUUCUGCAGCCCCCGGGCCCUGAAUUACCCCCGGUGCCCUUCCUGGUGCAGGACUUGGUCCCUCCAGGGCGCUUGAGUAGAGGGGAGCAGCAGCAACCUCCCCCACCCCCGCCUCCUCCUGGGCCCCUCCGGCCGCUCGCGGGCCCUUCUCGGAAGAGCUCCCUCAAAGUCCGCCUCAGUCGCCUCUUCCGCACGAAGAGCUGCAACGGUGGCUCCGGCGGUGGGGAUGGGGCCGGCAAGAGGCCUUCCGGAGAGCUGGGUGCUUCAGCUGCGAGCCUGACAGACGUGGGAGGCUUUGCGGGCCGGGAGCUGGACGCGGGGAGGAAACCCAGGUUGACAAGAACUCAAAGUGCCUUUUCUCCAGUCUCCUUCAGCCCCCUGUUCACAGGUGAAACAGUGUCACUUGUGGACGUGGACAUCUCUCAGCGGGGCCUGACCUCUCCACACCCUCCAACUCCCCCUCCUCCUCCAAGAAGAAGCCUCAGCCUCCUAGAUGAUAUCAGUGGGACGCUGCCUACAUCUGUCCUUGUGGCUCCGAUGGGGUCUUCCCUGCAGUCUUUCCCCCUACCUCCGCCUCCUCCACCUCAUGCCCCAGAUGCGUUUCCCCGGAUCGCUCCCCUCCGAGCAGCCGAAUCCCUGCACAGCCAACCCCCGCCACCCCUCCAGUGUCCCCUCUACCGGCCCGACUCAAGCAGCUUUGCAGCCAGCCUUCGAGAGCUGGAGAAGUGUGGUUGGUAUUGGGGGCCGAUGAAUUGGGAAGAUGCAGAGAUGAAGCUGAAAGGCAAGCCCGAUGGUUCUUUCCUGGUACGAGACAGCUCUGAUCCUCGUUAUAUCCUGAGCCUCAGUUUCCGAUCACAGGGUAUCACCCAUCACACCAGAAUGGAGCACUACAGAGGAACCUUCAGCCUGUGGUGUCAUCCCAAGUUUGAGGAUCGCUGUCAAUCAGUGGUGGAGUUCAUUAAGAGAGCCAUCAUGCACUCCAAGAAUGGGAAGUUUCUCUAUUUCUUGAGAUCCAGGGUUCCAGGACUGCCACCAACUCCAGUCCAGCUGCUCUAUCCAGUGUCCCGAUUCAGCAAUGUCAAAUCCCUCCAGCACCUUUGCCGAUUCCGAAUCCGACAGCUCGUCCGGAUAGAUCACAUCCCGGAUCUCCCACUGCCUAAGCCUCUGAUCUCUUAUAUCCGAAAGUUCUACUACUAUGAUCCUCAGGAAGAGGUAUACCUGUCUCUAAAGGAAGCGCAGCUCAUUUCCAAACAGAAGCAAGAGGUGUUGGAACCCUCCACGUAGCGAGGGGCCCCCUGCUGGUCACCACCAAGGGCAUUUGGUUGCCAAGCUCCAGUUUCGAAGAACCAAAUGAAGCUACCAUGAAAACGGGAGUGAAGGAAACAAGAGGAGUAGGAAGGGUUGGGAUCCUCUGUGCAAAGACUUCGGUUCCCCUCGCCCCCCUGGGGCUUGGAUGAAGCCCACGACCAGACUCUCUGAGUGGGGCUCCACCUUGUCACAUCCAGCCCUGUGCUACUGGAGCUGGAUGAACUCCUUGGAAAACUGGAAGAAGUCUCAACACUGUUCCUUUUUCAGAAGUUUUGUUCUGGAUAUUUGCAUUUCUCAGUAUGGAAAACUCACCCUAAAGGCAGCUGGGGUCUGUGUGCAUUGGAUUGGAAGUGGUGCCAAGGGUGAGCAGAUCCAAAGGAGAGGAGGGGAGGAGAGGGGGUUGCCAGUGAGGGUCAUUCAGGUGGCACCAAAGGCAGAAUUCGAGUCUCCACCAUUGACCUUGAGGAAGGGAAAAGAAGGAGUCAGAAGUGCAAAUCAAGUCGGGAGUUUCUGAGGGCCGAGAAUCUGCUUCUCUGUAGGUGUAUGGGUAGCUUCAGCAGGAGCAGGGAAGAGAGGAGGGUGGUUAGUCUCGAAUAGCUGAUGACUGGACAGAACUGGCACAUAGCUCUGCCGGGGGAAGCAGUGACUCCUCGCAUACUUUGCUUUUAAGGUUUAGGGACCUGAUUUCAGAAUCACCUCUCAUAGCAGCUGUGUUCGUUUUGUUUUACUGAAUUCCUAAGUUCUGUGACCUCAAGUUCGCCCUGUUCUUCCUCUGCCCUCAACCCAUUCCCUCGAGAUAACUGUACCUUUCACUCUGGUCAUGGUAGCAUCAUUCCUAUUGCUUCCGCCGGCUGUCGAGGCAAUAGUUUUUCUCAUCACCGGAACAGUUCAGAGCUCCAAUCCCGGCUGCUGAAGUUAAUGGAGCGUGCUUCCAGAUUCUUAAUGGCAAACCAUACCCAUGACUUAGUCAGUGUUCCUUACCUCCACAUGUCUGUCAGCUAGUGAGAGGGAAUGUGGAGGAAGGUGAGAAACGAAGCUAUUGUGCUCUUCCUAGAGAAAGCUCCCUAGUGUCUCAGCCUUAAUGGCCCAUCUGAGAUCAAUGAGGAGGGAGGAGAGCAUUACAGCUCAUGUUCUUAGGUUUGUUGGAGCAGGAGGUAGCAAGGGCUUCUUUAUUUUCCUGAGUUCUUUCUGGCGACCCAAACGUUUUCCUGAGUUAGAUCCUGUUUGCCCUCCUUCCACUGGGAAGUCUGUCAGAUACUGAUUUGAGAGUUGCCUGUUUUCCAGAUGGAAGUGGAGGAAGAGGGAGAAAAACUCCAGUGCUUUUCUGAACUUGGCCAUUGUCAAAUCAUAUAACAUUGUGAGUUUGCUUUUCUGUAGAGUUACUCUGAGGAGAGGUUUGCUAUUAAGAUGUGAAAAUUGAGCUGUUCGAUCUUUAUUACUCUUUUGCAGUAAGUAUUUCAACAGACUUCCUCUUUUGGUUCCCCUGUGCUUAUAUCUGCCUCAUCGCAUGAGAUAAAUAAUAUUGUCAGGUUUGUGGUUUCCUGAUCAUUUGGGGUGAGGCCCCAGUGUCUUGUAAUUUAUAGGACUGCCUCAUCUGGGAGCACUGGCCUUCUGCCUUACGUCCUGCAUGGAAUGACCAUUCUUCCUCCUUAUAGCUGAAUAGGGAGGAAACUUGCAUUGUUACCUGGCUGUGAAGAGGUGGCCCACAAAAUGAGCUUUGUAGCAUAAACACGGCCCACCCACCUUUGAUUUGUCGUGUAGUACCUCUUCUCUCUCUGGCUGCCGUGGUAGUAUCACCAGCCAGUUAAGGUUGUGAUCCCGGGAAUUGGCUUAACCUACGGGUCUUGCCUCUUGAAGGUACAAAUUAACUUGCCGUCUUGCAGACAGUGCCACCCAGCUGUAAAGCCUGCUGUCUGGAAUCCACUGAGAUCCUCGAGUGGCUGUUGUGCGGCUACGUGGGGUCUCUCUUUUUUUUUUUUUUAACUACUUUUUAGUGUUCAUUUGCCUGAUUCUGGGCUAGCUACUGUGGAAAACACAGGAGGCAGGAGACAUAUUCUCUGGCCUAAGGGAGCUUUUAGGUGGCUGCCACAUGUGAAGCAUUUGGAGAACCACUCAGCAUGGCAGAGAGAAUCAAGGGCUGUCUUUAAAGAAAUUCAGAGUGGGUAAGAUCAGUGUAGAUCAGAUGGUCUAGGAGAGCUCUGGUGCUGUGAGACUUUGGUUUUUAGGUGAGGGCAGGGCAGUGAGAUGAGAAACACAAGAACAGGAGCACAGAAGCAGAAAUCUGCAGGGUGUGUACGGAACAGUGCACAGUCCCAAGGUAGAGCAGUGGCAUCAAAGAAUCCUUUUUCUGUGCUGUGGUCUAGACCGAAACUUCCUAGUCAUCAGGCAGGUCUGAAUGCUGAGGGGUUAUGAUGGCGAGGUGGAGCCCAAAGCCAGAAGUCAGCCAGGUUCUUGCCUGUGGUCAAGGACCUCACUGCUCUCAGCACAGCCUGGGUGAGGAAGGCAGAGCCCCUGGACCCCUUGUGGUACCAGGGGUUUCCAGUGGAGAAUCCAUACUCUCAGGUACAAAACCAAACCAGCUGAGGAGGCGUGACCCACCCUCACCACCAUCCUUUCUGCUCCCGGGAAGGGUAGUGUUUACUGUGUCCGUGAUCUGUCUGUGCAUUAGUCACGGCCCAGGCCGUAGCCUGGUCCUUCCUUAGUAGAGUGGGCUAUAAGACAGAGUUGUGCAGGAGGAAACAGGCUUCAUCAGGAGGUGAGGAGGAAGGGCACCAGCCUGGUCAGAGUAAACAGGGAGGGACAGGGGCAGCUGGCCUUCAUCAGCAGCUCCCCUUCACCUCUCCUGCCUGCGGCCCCUGCCCCCCUGCCGAUUCUGUGUAGUGCUAAUUGAAAUGCAGUCUGCAGAGGGAACUCUGCUUUUUGGUCAUAGUAUUUUCAAGUCACAAACUGGAAAAGGUUCUCACUUCUAGGGACCCGUCAUUGGUUUCUAAGUUGUGGAUGGGUGAUGUCAAUACCCUCAGGCCCUGCCUGUGUAACCCUCGCUUGUUUAUGACUGGUCUACUGUAACCUGCCUCAGGACAGGCGUGAACCACUGUGAGUUAGUGACAGCUACUGCUACAACUUGCUAUUACUUGAAAUUCGUGUGCUGCGGUUGCAGGGCGCAAGGCGGUGGGGGCUCUGCUGCGGGGACUAGAUAAAUGGGUGACAAACUAGGAGUUUGGGACAGUUGGCGAUGACCUUGGCCUGGUUGCCUGCCUGUGCCUGGGUGCAGUGAGUGUGACACCUUGGAAGGCCAGCCCUGGGCGGCAGCACCCAGGUUCCUGAGGGGGGAGGUGUGGUGGGGAGCUUGCUGCCAUGGUUUCUCCUCCUCCUUUCCUACCUGUCACCGGAGCUGAUUACACAGUCCCCUUAUUAAGGCUGGGAGAGAUGUAGAGAUAGCGGCAACCCCCGCUACAGUGCACAUCCAGGAAGCGCUGGCAAGUGACAGGGUGGUUAGUGUUCUCAGAUCUGGGGUGAGAGACUGGAGUAAAGCCGGAUGCCCUGGGUGCCAGCCUUUUCAGCCCUCACCCCGGGCCCUGGAAGACUGGAAGAGCACAGCCUGCUUGAAGCCCUUGGCCCUGGCAGGAAAUGGGGUUAGGAGAAACUUGUCCUCUAGGUUAGAUUCCCCCCUGACCUCCUGCCUCUCCCUUUGAGCCCUGAAGUUGGAGGCCUAGGCAUUGGCAUAUAUAGCUCUGUGGCUGCUGGAAGGAGGUCUGAAAGUCAGUGUGUGUGUGUGUGUGUGUGUGU